AUGACGGUCCCCAUACCGCAGGAAGAGCUGCCCAUCCUCGAGGCGCUCACAAACAUACGCAACAGGCUCACGGCCCUGAAGCGCGAUCGCGGCGAGUACAUCAAGUCCUCGGACGUCAACUCUAUCUACCAAGCCGUCGUCAAACAAGUCACGAAGCUGAACGACGUCCGCGACGACAACACGGUGUACAACAACCGCGUCGACACCCUGCUCUCCGAUGUUUGCAGCCUGCUCUCCCUCUUCUUCCUCACCAUCGGGCGGACGAAGGAAUGCCCCGCGACCUACUGCCAGAUCGCGUCCAUGCGCCAAAUCCUGGACCACAUGAACGAGUCCUCCGUCUACAACGAGUCGGACCUCGCGCCCUUCCACCGGCGGCUCUCCGAGCUCCGCUACAUCGUGCAGCACGAUGCCGAGAGUGGGAAACACCCGCGGGCGAUGACGACGCUUUUGGAGCGGCAACUGAACGACUGCGACGCGUUGCUCCGCAGCUUACAAGACUCGCUUGCGGUGUUGGACUCGGAGCUAGUACCGUUACACGAGCGGCUCGUGAACAUUAGGCGCAAGCUUGUUGCUCUAGCGGCGAAGGAAGGCCCCCACAAGGCUGAGCUGAAACCUCUUCUGGAAGAAUUACGAAAGAUAGACUCUAAACGAGUCGACGGGAAAUUCCUGGGCCCAGGAGGCUCCAUGCCUGCAUCCCAGGCAAUUUGCAGUUCGCUGCUAGAGGAAUGCUUCGACGUUGUUCAGGAGAUCCGCGCAACGGAGGAGUCGAAGAACGUCUCGUCCGAACUCAAGCCGAUAUACGACCGAUUGACGCAGAUCCGCGCCGAGCUCGAAAGCCUCGCGCUCACGCACCGCUGGAGCCUCCGCGAGACCGACCUAUGGAACUACUCGCUGAGUCUGCAGGAGAUCGACAAGAUGCGGGUCGACGGCGGCUUCGUAGACCAACACGGCAACAAGCCGCAAGGGCAAUAUGUUUUGCUAUACUUGUUGAGGCGAUGUUAUGGCCUCAUCUAUCGCUUGCUCUCCUCGAGCGAGCCCGUAUCAGAAGAACUCAUGCCCAUAGCGAAUAAAUUAUCUACAGUCCGAAAAUGCCUAAACGAGGUUUUGAAAUACGGCGGCCCCUUCAACCCUCGAGAUCUCUACCCCUACCAACUGGCGCUGCACCAGAUCGACUCGCUUCGGAAAGACGGCAAGUUCAUUGGCGUGGAUGGUUCGAUACCGGAAGGCCAGGCCAUUGUAACAGCGCAUCUAAACGAAUGCCAUGAGCUCGUAGAGAUGCUGAAAGAGUCGAUGGAAGACAAUGAAGAUGACGAUGAAGAAUAUUACGACGAGGAUGACUACGUCGCUGUGGAAGACGAGGAAGAGGAUGAAGAGGAAACACCGUGA